UAGCUAAGUCAUUAUAAAUAAGAGGUAAAAGAAGAAAUUGAUUUGGGUUUUGGUUGAAGAGGUGGAGAAAAAUGGAGAUAAAGAUAAAGUGCAAUUGCGAAGGAGAGAAGUGUGAAGAGUGGGCAAUCGUAGAAAUUCAAGGCCAUGUAGAAGUUCAACCUCAUUUUCAACUUCCCAUCCAUAACCUCCCAAUCGGCCAACUCUGCCGCCCUUCUUCUCAGGAAGUGUAUACAUUUACUGUUGGGUACCAUGAAUUGACGGGAACCAAAGUGGCGUUGAAGAAGCCAUUGUUGGUAUUGAAGAAAGUGAAGCAAUCAUCGGGUAAUGUAGCUUUGGAGGUGAUUGGACUUAUUCGCCACCGUAUUUUGUUCAAAACCAGACCUAAAGCCCUCAUUUCCAAACCACAACCAACUAUGAAGGAGAAGGAGAGAGCCAGGGCUGCAGAGGCUAAGCUGCCUAACUAAAUAAACUAGUGACCCAAAUGAGUCUUGUUCUCUCUUACAACUAUUGUUGCUUUUUUCCUUUUUCUUUUUUCUGGGUCAAUAUAGAAAACAUGAUCUUUUGUGAGUGGUGUGAUGAUAUAUGAACAUGAACAUCCCAUCUAUUUAUGAAUGUUUUCCUGAUUUUGUG